UUUGUAAUAUUUCUCUAACUGAGGAAAAAUAUUGUUUUGCUUAAUUUUAUGAAUGUUUUAUAGAUAUUUAGCGAGUUUCUGCCCCAGAGUAUCUUAUAAAUCUGGGCUUUUUGUGAAUGUUAAAGCCAAAUAACUUUGAAAUAAUUAAAAAAUGUCUCCAAGGAAAGAAGUAAAAAAUUUGACACCAAAAAGAAAGAUUGCAAGAAAUACAAAACGGACUGUGGUUAAAGAAAAACGUAAAUUAAACAUGCCUGCUAACAUCAAAGUUAGCAUACCACUGAAAAGAGCCGGAGUUGUACCAAUGCCACGGAUACAGCGAAAAGUAGACAAAGAAACACAGUUGCUACUAGCAAAUGAAGUUGCUAACUCACAGCUGGUUCCAAAAACGGGAAAAAAGAAACUGAUAUCAGAUUUUUUUCAAAAUCGUAUUGUUAUUGAAAAUGCUAGUACAGUUUCAGGUCCCAAAGCUAAUAAUCCAGUAGAAACUAUGUCAAAAUCGCAAACUGCAAAAAAAACAGCUCCUGCAAAGAAAACUAUUGCAAGUACACAGCCAACAAGGAGAAUAGUAACAAGAAAAAGAUUAGCUGAUUCAACAGCAGAAAACACUGCCAAAGCACCUAAACUCGAGCCAGGCCUAGACUUACAACAUAAACCUAAAAUAAAAACAGAACCGAAGUUAAUUCCCGCCGACAAUGACCUAGAGAAAGAAUCUAAUCCUACUAUAGAACCACCCAAGAAAAGAGGACGGAAACCGUCUAUUAAGCCUCCUCAAGUAACUAAGGAGGCCCCACCAAAGCAGAUUCAACGGAAACCUGCAGUACCCAGAAAAAGAACAAUUAAAGGUAAGCAAAAAAAUGUCGUGGAACGUGACAAGUCUCCAUCAAUACUUGACACCAUCCGAAAACUUCCUCAAAAAGAAGCGGAUAACAUCCCGGGACCAGUAGACUCCCGGAAAACCUCAAUUAGCAGUAACUCAAAUUUUUCGUGGACCAAAGAUAUAUCUAGUUCAAGUAACACCACUUGCAUCACAGUAGAUCAAAACAGCUUCGUACGUUUUGACAAUAAACUGCCCGUCAUUAAAUUGACUAACAUCGAUUUUGAACUAAACAAAAAUAAACAAGGUAAGACUAAUGUACCAGAAACAAUAGUUGAAGAUGACUCAUCUGACUCGUCUUCAUCUUCAAGUAGUGACAGCAGCAGUAGCGCUGCCUCCACACACUGUGAAAGUGAGCUAAACCCUUCAAAACAGUUCAAUGAUUUGUUAGAAGUCAAAUCCCUCUGCCUAAGUGUUUCGUCUGCACCUAGUACACACACCGCACCAAAAAAUCAAAGUGAAGAUACUAGAUCAAGUUCAUAUUACAAACAGAAUGCAGAAAAUCUUCUGAUAGCAGAGAAACACUAUGAUAAAGAAAUAAUAAAUUGGAUCUGCUCAGAAAAUGAAGAAAUAAGCGACGAUCUCACUAAAUUCAAAGAUAAAAUUUUCAAUGGGCUAGAUAGUGAAUUCGAGAUUAUUUUGCUCUGCCAGAACCUAAAAAAAACUUUAUUAAAUCUUAGUUCAAGUGAAGAGGUUAAUAAAACAGUUAGUAACUCGGUUCCCCGGUUAAACUCCGUUGAAGAAAAUGUCACUGAACACUAUGUAAAUAAUGAUGAAAAUCUUAACCCAGACAGUCCUACUGUAGAAACUAAUAAAGAAGUCGAUCCAUUUGUGAAACCAAAGCCGGCUGUCUAUAAGCCGUUAAGUAGUGAGGGAUACGUUUCAUACUCUAGUAAUAAAGUAACGCGCACCGACAGUUCAGAUGAGGAUCCGCCUAACAACUAUAUGACGGAUGAUCAUCAUGACGACGAUGAUGCGCUAUCGCUUUACGCAGAGAGCAUGAGCGGGUUCGAGUCAUGCAGAGUCAACACUUCCAUCUGCCCGCCAGACCAGCCUUCCAGUAUCAGGCAAAUGGAAGAAUACGUUCCUAAACCAAUCAAUGAAGAAUCAAUCUACACGGAAAAGCACUCGUACUGUCCAACAAAAAUCAGAGCUGGGCCCGAAACCAGUACUUCUAAAGCUACUGUUUGCGAAAAACAAAAUGCUGACUCUACAUCCAUAUUCAAACAGAGCAACAGUGUGUGUGACACAGAAAGUUCUCAGGACUUCACUGAAAAUCCAGACAUAGACACUAGAGUCACUCCUCCUGAAAUAGUGCAGGAGCCGCGGCUAAUGAACUCGUAUUUCGAAAUGGUACCUAAAACAAGAAGUGUAGUCUUUAACAACAUAUGUUUUUACAAUUUAUUAAACAAUUGCAAGAAAGGUCGAUAUGGACUGUGUCGUUUUAGGCAUAUCGUGCCGACCCCUGAACAAGUUCAAGCUCAGCUUUUUGUACUAGAUGAAAGGAUGCUCAUGCAAGAAUAUUUACUUAUCAGGAACUGGCCAGAUAUAAGACGCAAAUUUGGCAUGUGCUAUGUCGAGGAGAGCGCUAAGCGGGGACUCACGAGGAUGCUCGUGGAGAUUGCUUACGAUUUCAUUGUGAAAGCUCGAAAUGAGUUCGAUAUGGAUAUAGCUUUGAGAGUGAACACAAUCGAAGCCACUUUGUUGCAUUUGAAUAGCGUCGACCUGAGCAUCUGUGAAGAUCUACUAAAACUGCCCAUUCCGACCGACCAGGGCAGCAGGACGUUGUUGUGUGACGUGUUCAUGGCGACCAUGUCUAUCACCCAAAACUUUUCUAGAUUCAAAUCUGUGUUUCUCAAUCUCACUUAUUUCAUGGUCGAUAACGACCGGACUCUGAACAAAGAUGUGGUUGAGCACAUCUUGGAGAGGAUUAGUAUUUUACCUUUCGAGGAGGCAAUAGCUAGGGCUGUUAUACAGAUGAUGAGGUUGACCAAAGCGGAUAUAUUUGAGAACUCAGUGAUUAGGUAUUUUGAGAAGCAAAUAUCUGUGAAUAAGGAUGUGUUUGAAGAGUAUUCGAUGGUGAAGAAUCAGUGUAAGUUCGCGUCGAUGCUGGCGUCGUCCAUGAUGGCGGUGGGCGCCUCCCCACACGCGGCCGAGGGCGCGUCCGCCGCCGAGCCGCUGCGCCCCGCGCCCUCGCCCGACACCAACAACCUCGACAUCAUGAACAAAUCACGGGAUGACCUUUCGCGGCCAAUUAUCACCAGGACAAUAGGCAUGAGCCCGCCAGUUGUUUUCAAUCGACCGCAAAACGAUACCAGUGCGACUAACACACAAAACAGUUCUGCGUCCUCUGAAAACGACGUAGCGGACAACCCCAACGUGGCGACAUGGCGCAACAGGGCCAUCUUCCCCCACAUACGGGCCCAGUAUUUCUCCCCCUCGAGACCCCCGCCUAUAAUACCCAGACCCCACGUAAGACCACCGCAGAGAAGAAUGCCAUUCAUCAGUCGAAAGGUGGUGUACAGGAAUCCUGGUAGUUUCAUGUUGCGGCCGCCUGCUCCCAAAUAUUGAAGAUAUUAAGUAAGUUCUUUAGUUAAGUGAUUGUUGUAUCUUCCUACAUCUGUCUGAUACAGGCUAAUUUUUCAAGUGUGGGUAAAUUCUCCAUAAAUGUUUGCCCAAAAAUUGUUGGGGACAGCUUUCAGUAUUAUGCAUUUUGGUUACAAUAGUAAAGAAAAACAAUUAACGCACACUUGCAAAGCUCAUCCUGUAUUAUCAUAUAAAAUAAUAUUAUAAAUAGCACUUUUUCCAAUCAACACUUGCAGGUAUACAGAUUAGUAUGUGGUUAAUUAUAUCCUAAAAAAAUCUAGUCUGUUUUGGUAACUAAAAUUUAGCUAGGACUUGUACAAUUGAAGACAAUUUUCAAUUGAGAGUCAGCAGCAGAAGUCUUUUAAUACAAUCCGAUUUAAAAAGGAAUUCCAUAUUUCAGUGUCACAUGGAUAUUGUUUUUUUUUUAAUUACUAGUUGUCAAGCUUAUCUUGUUUCCCUUUACCACAACUUUAACAGGUCACAUUGAAAUUGAUCAUGCACAGUUAUUUUGAAAAUCUGGUUGUGUUAAUUGACUUCUGUUGCCGUCCGUACGAAAUACAUUUUAUUAGUACGUAGCAUUACCUCUUUAUUAUAAGUGUAUAUAAUUGCCAUAUAAAAUAACUUGUAUUUUUUCCUAGUGGUAACACCCGCGUAGAAUAAUCAACGUUUUGAAACGUGAAACAGACUUCAGUCAUAUUUAAAACAUCGCUUUUGUUCAUGGAUAACAUUUGACUUCACGAAUAGUCGAGUAGUUGAGGUCACGACGCCAAACCCACUGAGCGCGACGUGUCGCGAGUUCGAUCCCCGCGUAGGACACACAU